GCAAGCGCCAUAAAGAAGUCAAUAUCCGAACUGUUGUCACCUAGUUUGAACGGUUGUAGUUUCUUAGUUUAAAAAUCAUUUGUGGAGAAUUGAUAAAAAUGAAGCUCCUUAAAAUUUUUCUGAUUGUGUGUGUGGCGCUCAUAUCAAACGCUAAGUGCAGUUUCGAAGAGGUUAAAGCUGCUGCAGAAGAGUGUAAGGAAGAAGUGGGUGCAACAGACGAUGAUGUUGCUGCGAUGUUUAAUUUCGAAUCUGCUGGCAGUAUGGAGGCGAAGUGCUUGCACGCAUGCGUCAUGAAAAGAUUCGGUUUGAUGAAUGGUGAUGGCAAAAUGGAUAGAGAUAUAGCUAUUGAGAUUUUGGAAAAUAUCGCCAGCGGCGAUGAAGCGCAACAAGCCUUGGGUGUUGAAGUUGUAGAAGCAUGCGAAGGCAUAGAAGUAGACGAGGAUCAUUGCGAAGCUGCUGAGGAAUAUCGCUCCUGCAUGCACGACAAAGGGAAGGAGAAUGGCUUUAAAAUGGGACGUGUUUAAAUUGCAGACAACUAGACAACUUACUUGGAUAUAUGCGAUGACCAUUUUGGCUUAUAAAUUAUUAUUCAUUAACUCUAUUUUAAGUUCGGCUGUUUCUCUGUACUCUCUGUUUUAUAAAUGCAAAACGGAUGUAAUGGUUUAGUAAUAAAAUAGUAUAGCAAGCUUGAA